AUGCAGAAGACUUCGUCAUUCGAAGAGAUGAAUGCUUCCAGUAAUGUGAUGCGCAUUGCAGUGGGGAUCACUGCAGCUCAAGAAAAUAGUGCUGGACGCGACCACGAUCACGAAACUACAAGUAAAAGUAUACCGAGAAGAAAUCCCCCAGCAGAUGGCCAACUGGUCUUUGUGAAGCGUGGGCAUGAUACGCACAAGGCAGAAAUGCUGCUAGAGGAGGGCCACAACUACAUCGAGG